CAAACUCUUUAUGUUUUAAGCAGCAAUAUGUACACACAUUACAGUUAACAAGUCUGAUCGACUCCUCUGUGUGAUCCUUGAUCCAUUCGGUUGUGAAGUGGGUGAAAAUAGACCACGUCGGCAGAGCUAAUGGAGAUAAUUUUGAGUAGAAUGGGACUGUGUAUUCCUGGUAUCCUCACUGUACUUAGCAUCAUUUUGGAACCCCUGGUAGCCUAUGGAAAUGGUCAGGUGACUGUUGCUUGUGACACGAUGACUCCAAAACAUGGAAGCUUUCCUCAGAAAUCAGCGAGCCCUGCUGUUAUUACUGUGGACAAAGAUGUGUUCAGCUCAAAGGAUCAAGUAAAAGUUACACUCACUGUGAGACAGUCUGGAACUUCAUUCCAAGGAUUUUUCAUACAAGCAAGAGAUGCUGCUGAUCUGAAUGGCGGUCCUGUUGGAACCUUUACUCUUAUUGACAAAAACUCGCAGCUCCUGACGUGUGGAGGUGUAAAGGACUCUGCGGUCAGCCACACCAGCUCAUCAGGAAAACACACAAUUGUGGUGCUGUGGAACCCACCUGCAACAAAACCAGAUCAUAUCCAGUUCCUGGUGACGGUGGUUCAGAAAUUCAACAUUUACUGGGUGAAAUUACGUGGUCCAGUGAUUUCUCAACUAAAUGCCCCCCCUUUCUCAGUACAGGCCACAACAGAGGCUCAUCCAGAUCUACCAGUUACCUCCAAAUUGACUAAAUCAUUCAACGUGACAGAAUGUGGCAGUAAAAAAUUCUGUUUGCGGAAUCCCCCUGGAUGUGACCCUGAGAUGGAUCGAUUGUGCUUUUUCCUCUCAUUUGCAAUGCAAAACACUUCAGUGCUGUUUGAGUUGAGUGGACCUUCAAAUGGAUACAUUUCUUUUGCUCUGUCAGAUGACAACUGGAUGGGUAAUGAUGACAUGUAUUUGUGUAUUAUAAAUGAUCAAAGCAUACAGAUAAAUCCAGCUCAUUCCACUGGCCGUUCACAUCCAAUAUUGAACACACAGGUUCCCAUUCAUGAUAUGUCCUGGAGUUUAGAAGAUGGGGUGACACAGUGUUCAUUCAGAAGAAACAUUCGGCUCCCUGAAUACAGUGAACGCUUUGACCUGGACAGAAAAUAUUAUGUUUUCCUAGCAGAAGGGAGAGCUGACAAUGGAAGAAUUCAUAAACAUCACCAACACCCACUGAUCACACAUGGGAAGGUUGACUUUGAUGGAUCACCUCGUGAACUUACAGGCUCUAGGUCUCCCUUGUACAUUAAAGUUCAUGGAGCAUUAAUGUUUAUUGCUUGGGUGACUACAGCCAACAUUGGUGUCAUUAUAGCUCGCUUCUUUAAACCUGUAUGGCCAUUCAGCACACUGCUGGGCAAAAAGGUUUGGUUUCAGGUACAUUGGAUGCUCAUGGCAACCACGGUGUUGCUAACAUGUCUUGCCUUUAUUCUUCCUUUUCUGUACAGGGGAGCCUGGAGCUAUUGUGCAGGUGCCCAUCCAUACUUUGGCUGUAUGAUUCUUAUAUUGGUAAUUCUUCAACUGAUUAUGGCUUUCUUCAGACCAAAUCCACAAGCACCAAGACGGUAUAUUUUCAAUUGGGUACAUUGGGCAACAGGCACCUUUGCCAGAACAAUAGCAGUUGCAUCAAUCUUUCUUGGAAUGGAUUUGCCAGCCUUGGACCUCUAUAACCCCUGGGAUACAUUAGUCAUGGUUGGAUUCAUAGUUUGGCACGUUGUAACUGAACUGAUUUUAGAGGCACAUAAUUACAUAAUUGCUUGUAAAGCGCAGAAAAGGAAAGAGGAUAAAAUGCAAAUUAUGGAUUCAAGUGAAUUGAUUGACCCACAGGGUCACAGAUUUAAAAUUAUGGUAUUAACACUCUACAUCUGUGGAAACCUGACCUUUCUGACAAUAUUGCUGGUUGCAAUUAGUUUCGUCUGAUGGUGACAUUGAUGCUAUCUCUAUCAAUCAUGACUUUGAAGCUAUAUAUAUCUGCUCUUGACUGAACAUCUUGUUGUGCAUUGAAUUAAAGAUUCCUCAGAAAAUUCAAAUGCUUCAUAAUCCGCAACAGAAUGCAAAAUCCUUAUUGUUCUCAUUUACUGUCACUCUACAAUAGCACAAAAGUAAAUUGCAUUGAGACUAACAGUUCAACAAGUCAAUGGACUAGAAAGGCAAUCAUCUUGCGAAAAUAGCAAGCAGCACUCAUCUGCUUUUAAAUAGUAGUUUUAGUGUUUUAAAAGAUGGAUUACCUUUGUGGUUAGAUUAUUUUAUCUACUUUUAAUAAAACAGAUUUUGUUAUAAUGUAGUCUAUAAACAUAUUUCUGAGUGAAUGUAUAAAUGGAAAGUGGUGUUAAUAAAAUGAAAACUAUUAAAUUACCUCAAUAAACUAUGUUCUUAAAUUAACAAAUGUCCCAUUUUCAUGCAUUUUCAUACAUUUUCAUAAAAUGUGUCAGCACAGGCUUGGUGGGCUAAAGGGCCUGUUCCUAUGUUGUAUUUUUCUGUGAACCUUUCUCCAUUAAAUUGCAGAUUUAAUACUCUAAUUGAGUUAUCUUAUUAUUUGAUCAGAUAAAUUAAUGGCUAGCUUCAGUGAAUAUUAAUGUGCAAAUAAUAAUUAAUUACAUUCAUACUGUGAUAAAUUUCUAAACAAAGUGGUUUACUGCUAUUUGCUCAUGAGUUAUAGCAAUUCUGUUGUGCGUUUUAUUUUGAUUCAAAAAUAUUGCAUUUCAAGGAAAUGCUAUUGGUUGGAACUGUAAAUAAUUUCAGAAGUAAAAGCUAAUUAAAGUUGAAAUUUGUGUGCUUUAACUCAAAUUCUGAGAGUACUGACUCUGUCAAGAAAGAGAGUUCAUAUUUCUGGUUGAGACGACUUGAUUCCACUGGUGCUGACUCACAUUGAGUAUUUUCUGGUUGUUUUGUUUUUAUUUCAGAUUUCGAGCAAUAUUUUGCUUUAGUUCAAGAGUAAUAUUUUGCUGUGCAAGUCCAUAAAGUAUAAUGGCCAGUGCUUCUGUGGGUCCAAUAUGGCAAUAGUGCUAUGCUUGAUCUAAUGAUUGCCCUUAUUAGUUGUUUUCAGUGGAAAUAAUUUUUAGUAUUUGUUCAGUUGUUUCUUACUCAUAUUGCUAUUUCAGUUUGUUGCCGAAAAUCAUUCAUUAAUUCUUAUGGGAAAUAAAUUCCUAUUUGUUGUUCUUCCACCAUCCAUUGGAUUUUCAUGAAACAUUUCGCCUGAAAAUGGUAAGGACUUUCUGUACAUCUCGAUCCACUGCUAUCAUGGACACUGGGAGCUUGUGCUGGAGGCAGUAGCCAGUAGUGCAGACUUCCAAUCUCAGCAUUCCAGAUAACACCAUCUCCUAAUCUCACCCAGUUGAACAUGGUCAACAGAUGAUAGAAUCCCUCACCAGUACUAUAUAUAGGGGUAAAAGCUACCAAUAGUUUUCUGGUAGUUUGUACUGUUAAUUACAAAUUGGGGAGUGAUGUGUCACAUAUUGAAGGUCCUUUAUUCUCAUUUCAAGAGUUUGACGCAGAUCGAUUUGACUCGUUUGCUCCCAGCUAUAGUCUCUGUAGUUUGUAACACCUUAGCUUAUCAGGGCGAAAGAACAGAGACUGCUCAAGGAGGGAGAGGGGCUCCCUGCAGGUCAUAUUACCCCAAGUUGUUCAAUCUGUGCCAAGUAGGGUGCGUGCAAUGUCUUCACUUCAAAACUGUUCACUGAACUCUGCCAGGCCUUAUAAGGACUGCAAACCCAGAGCGAGGCCAACAUUGUCAGUGGCUAUGAAAGUGACAGUGGUCUUUGCAUUGGUCUCCCAAACUAGAGCAGGGAACAUUUUCAGUAACUUACAGUUUGUCAUCUACUGUUGCACACCAGGGGUGACUUUCACAGUGGAUGUGAAGAGACUUGAGCAGGCAGAGCAUGCCUGUGGUUUUACCAAGAUGCUAGCAUCCCCUGUGGCACUCUUGAUUUCGCACUUGCUGAUUUGCAUGCAGUAUUGCACGCAGUGGCUACAGUAUAUUUAAAAGGUUGCUGACAUUCAGUGAAGAGGCUGCAAAUGGUAUUGCAGGACAUCCUCAGACCGCCUCUGAUCAUUGAAGGGCUACUUUGUCAAUGCAUGAUCUUUACAGGAGCAGCUGCAUACUGUGCUGAUUGAAAGGACAACCGCAAAGGCCCUGGAGAAGUGACUGUAAGGGGAGCAGAAACACAGUCUACCUGAGAAAGAGCAGGGCAGGUUGAUGGCCGACAAUGCCACUGCCACUCCUUCAGAGUGGGGUCUCCAACAUGCCUUUGAUCUGCCGGGGCACGGAUUCCUGGAUUGUGGAGAGAUUCUGCAAACCCCUUUUAAGUGUUAGUAUAUUCAGCCACGAUAGCAGCAUUCAGCUAUUCAUUGCUCAUGCUUAGUGACUUCCCAAGUGUAAAUUUCCUACAUACACCACUCUCUCAAGCACAAGUAGAGUUUUACAGAUUCCCGACAUAGGAUUUUCAGAUGGGGGCUGCAGAGAAGCUUGUUUGCCUUGUCUCAAUUCUGGCAAUUUGUUCGCUACUUGAUGGUAAUUUACCACCUAGCCUCAGUUUUGAAGAUAGCAUGAGUUCAGGGCCAGGGCAGGGAGAUGCCUGGCUGGACAGCCUGCUUGGACCUCUGGAGGGAAGGAGAGUGAAUGAUUCUUACAAGGUACUAGCCACUAAUACCUUGUAACUGGACAUAAGGGAUGAUACAGGUGCCCCCAUCCCCAUCAUCCUAUGGGCAGGGUAGAGUGUCUUUGUGUUAUCUGUAACUUUGUAACAAUGCCUCCAGUUCCUUCUUCCCAGAUUGUUAAUGUAUAACGAGAAUAGUUGUGGUCCUAAUACUGACCCCUGCGGAAUACCACCAGUUAGCAGCUCCACAAUCACAGUCUUACCAAUGACUGAGAUCAGCAUAACUGGCCUAUAGUUUCCAGUCUUUUGCCUUUCCCCACCCUGCUCUUAGCCAUUUGCCAGUCCUCUGGGACCUUCCCUGACUUCAGUGAUGCCUGAAAGAUCACCACCAAUGCCUCCACAAUCUCACCA